AUGGGAAUUCACGUCUAUUAUUACCAGAGCAGCAAUGCGUAUGGCUCGGUGGCUGCCUACACCACGCAGCUUGAUGGCAGUGACAAAAGCAUUGUCGUAUCUACCACGCCUUUCAAGAUCGACCUCGGCAAUCGCCACCUGUUUGUCGGACAGUCUACCAACCCGUCGGCAUUCGGCCUUCCUACCAUUCAGGGAAUGCCUAUCAAAAUUACCGUUCGUGUCCUGGUCAACCAAGGUACUUCUGAGCAGCCAGUCUGGCACGAGCUCAAGCAGUAA